AUGAGCUCCUACUUCUCCUCCUACUCUUCAUCCUCCCUCUCAACAGCCCUCAGCUCCCGACUAAACAGUCUCCGACGAGCAAUCACACUCGGCGACGAGAAGGACGACCCCGACAACGAAGACUGCUCACACAUCUCCAACGCCCUCCGCGCCUACUACACCGAGAAAGGCCGCCCCUUCCCAUCCUGGCUCCCUCCAGACCCAAAAGCACCCCAAGCCGCACCCGCCCGCGUCAUCGCAACCUCCCAGUCCCAGUCCCCAGGCCAAGGCCAAGGUCCCGCCACCGGCGCCUACGGCCGGAGCGGUGGCGGCCUGGGUGAUCUAUGGGGUGACUCCGGCGCAUCCCAAGCACCGGGAGCGCAAACUACCAGUCUUCGGCGCGGACGCGGUGGUGUCGCACCCCCCUCUAGUCCCCAUGCACAGCGCGCCGUCCGGUCCAACCCAUACGCCCUCCCCACCGCUCGCGCAUGCCCAGUCCCAUUCACCCACCCCGUCCGGAUCACUGCAUCCAUCUAG